AUGGGAUCCCCAUUGUUCAUCCCUUUAAUAUUCUUUUUUCUGCCUCUUGUCUCCAGUAUAUCCUACACCGAGUUCAUAUACCCAAAUUUUUUGGCUUCCAACAUCAACUUUGCUGACAAUGGUGGUGCCUUCUUGUACUCUCGCAAUAAAACUUACAAGGCCGCAAUUAUCAACCCUCUGGCUCAAGAAAACAGCUUCUACUUUUGUGUUAUUCACGUGGCCUCCAACACAAUCAUCUGGUCUGCUAACCGCAAUGCUCCCAUAUCAAGCACUGGUAAUGUUAAUAUUACCGUUAAGGGAAUCUCCAUAACUGAUGUGGGUGGUAAUCUCAGAUGGUCAACUCCACAAUUACAGGCAGCGGUAUUUGCGUUGAGGCUAACCGAUAUAGGUAAUCUUGUCUUACUUGAUCGAUCAAAUGUCUCCCUUUGGGAGAGUUUCCGUUAUCCGACUGACACCAUUGUAAUUGGGCAAUCUUUGCCUGUUGGUACUGUUCUGCUCAGCUCAAUCUCAAAUUCAGACUUGUCAAGCAGUAAUUAUAGUUUUUCAGUUGCGUCAUCUGAUGCUCUGCUGCAAUGGUAUGGACAAAUCUAUUGGAAAUUGUCCAUGGAUCCAAAUGCUUUUAUAAACUCAAAUGCUGUAGUGGAACAUAUGAUUAUAAAUUCAACUGGUCUCUAUCUGUUGGCUCGUAACAGUUCUGUUGUUGUAAUUCAAGUCAUCUUACCCCGUUCCGACUUUAGAAUUGCUAAAUUGGAGUCUACAGGCCAAUUUAUUGUCAAGAGCUUUUCUAGUGCUGGUUGGAAACAAGAAUUCAUAGGACCAGUUGACAGUUGUCGAAUUCCGUUCUUUUGUGGUCAAGUUGGUCUUUGCAAUGAGGACAGUGCAACUGACAGCCCUAGUUGUUCUUGUUCAUCAAGUUUUCACCCAAUUCCACCAAGUUUGGGUGGCUGGGGCUGUAAACCAAUUGAUCAUUCCAUCGUUUUGGCUUCUCCUUGCAACGCCUCUAGCAGUGGAGAUGAGAUGAAAUCACCUGUCUUUUCCUAUUUGAGUUUAGGGUAUGGUAUAGGAUAUUUUGCAAUUGAUUUCUCUGAGCCGGCUAGAUAUGGAGUGAAUAUCUCAUCCUGCCAAGCUCUCUGUUCAAGGAAAUGCUCAUGUUUGGGCAUAUUCUAUGGAAAUACAUCAGGUUCUUGCUACAUGAUCAAGGACAGGUUAGGGUCAAUCAGACAAAGUAGUUCAUUUGUAAACAAUCUGCUGGGCUAUAUUAAAGUUCAAGUUGGUUCUAGUCCACCAAGCUUCAAUGAUGAAGAAAAACAAAAUUUUCCAGUGGCCGCUCUUAUUCUCUUGCCAAUUUCCGGGUUCCUCCUAUUGUUGUUAUUAACUCUAUAUUUCCUUUGGUGGAGGAGACGGUUAAUCUCAAAAAGAAUACAGACAAAAUUAGGCAGUGUUAGCUCACGUGCUUCUGUAGAAUUGGAUGCCUUUUUUCUUCCAGGUUUGCCUAGAAGGUUUUCUAUGGAAGAGCUGGAGGUUGCAACGGAUAAUUUUAAAGUCCAGAUAGGUUCUGGGGGUUUUGGUUCAGUUUUCAAAGGUGUACUUCAUGACAAAACUGUUGUGGCAGUGAAGAAAAUAACAAAUUUAGGCAUUGAAGGGAAAAAAGAAUUCUGCACUGAGAUUGCGAUCAUUGGGAACAUACACCAUACAAAUUUGGUCAAGUUGAAAGGGUUUUGUGCCCAAGGAAGAGAACGCCUUCUCGUAUACGAGUAUAUGAAUCGUGGUUCAUUAGACCGUACCCUUUUUGGCAAUGGACCAGUUCUAGAAUGGCAAGAGAGAUAUGAUAUAGCACUUGGGACUGCGCGUGGGCUUUCAUAUUUACAUAGAGGUUGUGAACAUAAAAUCAUCCAUUGUGAUGUCAAACCAGAAAAUAUUUUAUUGCACGACUCCUUUCAGGCAAAAAUAUCUGAUUUUGGUCUUUCAAAGCUCCUUGCACCUGAACAGUCAGGUCUAUUUACAACGAUGCGGGGCACUCGUGGUUAUCUUGCACCUGAAUGGCUCACUAAUUCAGCAAUUUCAGAAAAAACUGAUGUUUAUAGCUAUGGCAUGGUGCUAUUAGAAGUUGUAAGUGGGAGGAAAAAUUGCACAACACGAUCCCAUGACCAUAGCUUGGAUGGCAGUGAUAGUUCAGGUUGUCAAUCAUCAUCUUCAACAGGAUUAGGACUGGUUUAUUUUCCUUUAUUUGCAUUGGAGAUGCAUGAGCAAGGAAAGUACUUGGAGCUUGCUGAUCCACGGCUAGAGGGGCGUGUGACAUAUGAAGAAGUGAAAAAAUUAGUUUGCAUUGCUUUGUGCUGUGUUCAAGAGGAACCUGCACUAAGGCCUAGUAUGGAUACAGUAGUCAGCAUGUUGGAAGGUGGGAUUCCUUUAAGUCAGCCGAGAAAUGAGUCAUUGAAUUUCUUGCGCUUUUAUGGCCGUAGGUUCACCGAAGCUUCAACAAUAGAGGAGGAAGGGUACCAAAAUGGGUCAGUAACAUAUUCACCAGCAAAUGCUCUCCCUAGUUGUAUGAGUGGCUCAAACUACUUUUUUUCUUACAUGUCUUCGCAGCAGGUCUCAGGCCCAAGAUAGCACGUCUCAUUCUUAUUUGCACCUUCCAUAAACAACUGUCAGAGUUAUGUAAUGUAGACUUCCAUCUGUUAUGGCUAAAGAUGUGUAAUUUUACAUCUUGCUUAGUGGAAGUCAUUGGUUUUCAGUCUACAGCUCGUGUAAAGGCUUGUAGUCUUUUUCAAGUAAAUAAAACACAUACUUCUGCGGAAGGUCAUCAUUGAGCUUCUUCACAUGUACCAUACUCGCAUAUUCUGCAAAAUUUGAGAGGCUGUUCUACGAACCUGUUUUGUUACUCGUUAAACAGGUGGACAAAAGCCAUUUGAGCGGGUUUUCUUCAUUUUGUGAACGCACCUUAGUGGCUCUCUGUAUAAUGGCAGGUGAAAUUUGUACUCUUUCAAUACGCUGUUUUCUCGAGUUUAAAUGUCUCUGAAGAUAAAUGGAGAAGAUGGGAGAAUCUUUGGCCUCAAGGGAGGUAGAGCUACGCUUACUUUGAUGAAUAACAAGACAGAGAAGAGGCUUGAUCCAUGUACAAGGUGGAGUGUUAUAUUCUAUUAUCUGGUCAUGUCAUAUAGGUCCAAGUCGGACAUCCAAUUGUUUAUUAUACUAAAAAGAUGGACAAUCAAACCUAUUUCUCGAUUCAAUAGAAGCAACCCCAAUAUAUCUCACUAAUCCACAAGUUUAGAUUCU